AUGAACCAGAGGCCAAGCAAGCUUCGGAAGCAGACGCACCACGGGCCCCUCUUCGCCACGGGCCCUGUGCCGUUGAGCACCGACGGCUUUGCCUCGCUUCCGCCUCGCUGGCCGCCUGUCGAGUACUCCCUUGCCGACUUCUACCACGGGCCCGCCAUCUACGGCGAGAAUGCCUGGCCCCAAGGCCAUGGAGUUGGUCAGAUAGACCAGCCCUUUGCCAAACCUUUGCCCACGGACGACCAAUCGGGACUUUCCUUUCUUCAGCCUGCCUCGUCGCUCACCCAGGUAUCUCCCCGGGCGUUGAGCACCGUGUCCAGUGUGACCUUCUCUUCGCCCUCUGUCGUCUCCCAGCCAUCUUCUGCCGAGUCGGGUGUGUCACCGACCCAUACGGAGUUUCCGUACGAGUUGCCGACAAGGAAGACGUCGCCUUCCACUACUUCGUCUGUGACUCAAAGUGCCACCCAGCCAUGUGGCAACCAGGCACAGAGCCGCUACCUCUGUCUUACUCUCCCACCACGACAUCGUCGCACUGGGGUCCAAGACUUGGAGUCUAAAUGCAAGACAGUCCAUACACACACUUGCAACUGGGCCGGUUGCACCCAACCAAGCUUCUCCACCAAGGACGGCCUCACGUGGCAUGUCAAGCUGGAGCACCUUCUCAUCUGCCCAGCGCCAGGUUGUACCGAGAGUUCGUUCCAGACCAAGCAGAUCCUCGAGAGUCACAUCAGAUGCGCCCACCCGGAAGCUAGCGGUGAAAACAAGGGCCAAGGCCAGGAGCAUAAGAUAAAAUCAAAACCGGUGGCUCAGGCCAUGGCUUCCACGAACUCUUUCCAGGGAUCCAGCGUCGUUGUAGCGCCACCACAGAACCCCAACGAGGAUCGGGCCAUCAAGCAGGUACUGUCUGUGGCUAUUUCCAAGAAGAAGUGCCGUGAGCAACUCAGGAACGUUGUCGAGAAGAAGUUUAGAAAAAAAAAUGAGAAAGAAAGCUUCCCUGUCGUCUGGGAACACGGCGUCCUCCCGUUCCUCGUCGAGUUCAUCCCUAAAUGGUGCGGGCCGAACCACGUCGUCAGCGUCACCCGCGGUAAGACGCCAGGGUCCCGACGGGUCUGCAUCAUGACCAAGACAAAGCCAUCUCGAACUCGCCGCAUCAUCAUCGCAGCACACGUCAGAGACCUCCUCCCCGAAAACCAUCGAUCCACCGUCACAUUUGUCUUUGUCACCGGCGCCGUCGACCGCAUGGUCUGGGCGAGAGGGCUGAGCAAGGAGAUGCCGGACGAGGUCUGCCUGGCCAGGAACCCGUACUACUUCAAGAACCCGUGCAUGGGCGACAGCAUCGGCGUCGACGGCACCGACGACUUCGCGGAGAGUACUUCCACUCUGGGCCCCUGCUUGCUCGUUGGCGGCGGCAGCUACUGGCUUGCCAACUUCCACCCCUUCGUUGACGCCUACCAGCACCUAUCAUCGGUCAACGUGGAGCAUCCCUCUCCCAGCGACCGGGCAAGAUGCAUCGACGAGCGGCACGACGCCAUGCCUGACACAGACUUCACGAUCGGCAGCCUAACCGCCACCUCCGGCAUCGACCUCAAGACCACCCGCAUUUCCCACGACCCCUACUGGGAGGAAUGCGACAAGGAACCCCCUUUGAUCGUGACCGACUGGAUCCUCAUUGCGUCCAAGACCCGCCAGGCAAACAUCCUCCGCCGGUUCCCCUCCGACACCAUGCCGCUCCUGAAAGAAGUCCCUGUCAAGAUGACAAGCGCAGUCGUCCCGGGCGCGACCGUAGUCUCCACCGGACGCACGUCGGGCCAACAGCGCGGCCAGAUCUGCGAGAUCCCAGCCUACAUGAGCGCCGAGGAGAACGGCACCGGCAAGGCCACGCGCGAGUGGUUCGUCGAAGAGCCGUACCCCUUUGACGACGAGGAGGGCUGGAUCCGCGGGGGCAUCGGCGUCGAGGGCGAUAGCGGCGCCGCCAUCGUCGACGUCGACACCAACGCCCUCGUCGGCCAGCUCUGGGGGCGCAACAAGUACUUCGGCACGGGCCCCCGCCUGACCUUCUUCACGCCAAUCGGCGACCUCUUUGACGAUAUCCAGGAGCGGUGCGACCAGCAGGCGCGGCCGCAGCUCCCGCAGUACCGUGACGAGUCGGACUGCUACCCGGUCGACCCCAGCUGCCGGCAAUGCUUCGACCUGCGCGCCUACCUCGACAGCCGCCGCAACUCGCGCGAAUCGCUGCGCUCCAUGAUUGGCCGCAACGAAAGCGACCACGGCGACCUGACGUCGGUGGGGGGCACGUCGGAGCUCGCCACGCCAAAGGACCACGCGUUCUGGUCUCGCAGCAGCUCAGGCGUCGAGGAGGUCGGGUCGUCGUUCACCAGCAUCAUGUCACCGUCGCCCACUCACCCCUUCUCCUUCACCCCGCAGCCCGGCACCCCGGGCAUCGUGGACGUCAAGAGCCCGUACGCCCUCACGCUUAGCGCGGAGGACCUGUACGACGAGGAAGGGUUCGCUCACUCAACGGGCGUCGCCCCCGGCAAGCGUGCAGCUGCGGCGCCCCUUUCUCCUCGGGGCUGGGAUCCCGUGCAUCAGCCGGGGAACCCGCCUCUCGCCAUCUUCUUGGCCCUCUGGUCUCGCCGGUUGUGGUUCGCCCUCGAGCCCUUGCUGGCCUCCUUUCUCCUCCGCGCGGCCUCGGUCUCCUUCUCGCCCGUCGGGCCCGCCACGUUGCCGCCUCCCCUCCCGCCGCCUCUGCCACGUCCACGACCCCCGCGAGCACGGCCGCCUCUGCCGCCCCUCGACGAACUUCCUCCGUCGGGGUCGGACUCCUCGGCGCCUGAGCCAGCCGGACUGGCUCGCCAUGCCGUCGACAAGAUCUCGGUCUGGGUGCCGGUGAACGCCGCGGCGCCGUUGUACUUGGCCUCGAGGCGUCGCUUCUGGCCGGGAUUCCUUGAGAGCAUCACAGCCCAGCCCUCAAUCGCCUCGUCUGUCAUGCCCGUGUCCUCCCUCAACUUGCUUCUCGCCGGGCCUCUCCUCGUCGUAGCCUGUCUGUCGAACACGGCGGGAUCCGCCUGGAAGGCCUUGUACAGCGUCUCCUCGCUGGCGUCCUUCUGUCCGUCCGCCUCUUCGUUGGCAUUGUCUACUGUUCCGCCAACAUCGUCUGCGUCGUAG